AGGCCUUUGCCGACGCUGCUCUUCAUGGCACGGACGUCAUACAGGACGCACUUCUGGCUGGGAGAUGUGUCCGGAGCUCGUCAGAGAAAGGCCCGAGCGGUGCUCUUGAGGACUUGGAGUCCGCCAAGGUCUUCAUGAAACCUGAGGAAGAAGCUCAGCUAAAGGCCAUCGCCGAGACGAUGGCACGUGCAACGCCACAGCUGGUGUCAUCGGUUGAGGCGAUCUUCGAGGCGUUGACAUGUUUUGGCAACAACAACUUCGCGGUGACAGAUGACCUCUUCCUGGCCGUUGGUGCAGGUUGCUUCCCUGUGGGGGCAUCUCUCAACCAUUGCUGCAGGCCCAACUGCCUUUUGGCCUACGAGCUGCUACCAGGGCACUUGCCCGUGCAGGCUGUUCGAGUAAUGGAACCAGUGUUGGCAGGUGAAGAGUUGACGCACUCCUAUGUUGAUUUGGCCUUGCCACGCGGGCAGCGGCAAGACCAGCUGAAGGAGACCUAUGGCUUUCACUGCAGCUGUCUUGGCUGUAGAGGGGAACUUCCUGAGAUCGAGCGCUUCCUUGAAGCUGAACUGAAGCCAGGAGAUCCUGGGUCACCUGGGUCAUCUGCAGAGCUGGCAAAAGCAGAGCAGCUGAGACUGCAGGCGGCUACUGAAGAGGAUCCGCACGUGGAAUUGAAGAUCUUGGAGGAGUGUGGCCUUCGCGAACGAUGGCUCCACCCGCGGCACCUGGAAGUCUGCGCGGCUCAUGCUGCGGCUCAUACUGCAGCGAUGGCUGCCUUUGACUGGGUGGCAGCUGAAAAACAUUGCGGCAAACUGGUGGAGCAGUAUCUGGCAGUCUAUCCGCCUUGGCACCCCAUCACAGGUCUGCAAAUGUUCACCCUUGCGGAGUUGAAGGAGCAGCUCGGGAAAUUGGCUGAAGCACAAAGCUGCUAUGAAGGAGCCGAGCGUAUCCUGCGGCUGACACAUGGAGAAGGUCAUGAGUUGGUCUUGCAGCUGAAAGAGCGCCUCGCGGAAAGUCAUGAGUUGGUCUUGCAGCUGAAAGAGCGCCUCGCGGAAAGCCGUGAUUCCAAGCCUCCCCGGGAGCUCGCACGGCUGCCGUUGUCGGCUUCGCAUGCAAAGCCGCCUGCACGGGGUCGCGAAGGGCAGCCCUUGAGGUCGACGAAAGCAACCAACUAUUCCGGACAGAGAGAUGAGGCAGAUGUUCUGGCCACAGGCUUCACUGUGCGCGAGAUAACGCCGCAGGCAGCGAAGCUGUGGCUCCUACUGCAGCUGGUUGGUUUGCUCUUUGAAUUCAACUUGUGGCGGGAGGUGCAGAGUGACAUGGCAGUCACCGUCGACGAUGAGGGGCCUUCCAAGCAGUGUUGCCGAACUCGUGCCAUAUGCGCUAAAACAGCGUUUGUAAUCUUAGUUGGGCCAGGCUGUGGCCAUGCAAAACGUUGA